GCCUGGACACCAAAGCAUGGCCUGCAGAGGUGCUUGAAGCGCUGAAGGUGCAGUGGGGUUCCUUUGACAGUAAGUUGCAAGAGACGUUGAACGUGCAUGGCAUGCUUUGCAAACCGACGCCACAGCCUGAGCCUGAUUUAAAAGAGGUCUGCAAGCAGCAUCUGUCGUCCUUGCCAGAGAGCAUACAGAGGCUCCUGCAAGAGCCGAAGCAGGAGAUCACAUGUGGGCAGGCUGUGUCAGAAUUGAACAGACGCUUCAAAGCUGAGACCAGCUCAUUGCGAGAACUCGUGCAGCAAUCGGUGUCGCUCCAGGCCCGCAUCGACCGGGCAAAGCAAACCUAUGAGGAGUUGCAAAAGCAGUUGCAAGCGAAGCUGAGCGAGUCUGACAACAAGGUUGGGUGCAACUUGACGCAGAAGACGAGCAACGUGUCCGAGCCCAGCUGGCGGCUGCGCCAGCCCUGGCUAGCACUGGUCGGGCUCCGCUUGGCCACGUCAACCAUUUUGGAAGGUGUUGACCAAGUCAUGGAGCAGCGUUUUCAGGCGGGGAGCCUUGAUCGGCAUCGCGAGGCCGUUACAGAGGAUGCGAGAUGCGGCAAAGCCUUUUAUUCCGAUCAGGCUAAUCCGGGUGACGCAUACAAGGCACACCCGAGUGAAGGCAGCAUGCAGCCGGAUGGAGUUGAUUGGGGAACCCUGAGGGACCUGAUCCAAAAAGCAGGCGAUUGCCAAUCUGUACCUGCACCGCUGGCCUCGUCCUUGUUGGCAGCAGCUGAAAAGAUUGAAACCAUCUUCCCUGAAGCUACUCUCGGUUACCAGGUAGGUUGGGAGAUCAUGAUUGCGCUGGAGGGUGAAACGGCGGGUUGGCGCAGAGCUGAAAUUUUGGUGAAACAAGUUUUGCAAUGCCCGAGUGUUGCGAGUAACAAACCUGUUAGUGACCAUGUCCCGCAGCACUCUUUUGACCUUCCUCCCGAGGUCAACACCUUACCCUAUCCAUAUGCACAGUCAGCUAAGCGCGAUGCGGAAAUUUUGAGUGAAGACUGGCCCAAUCCUCAAUGUGGGCAGUGCAGUGGCAAUGCUCUGAAGGUAGGCCCCGAGCUGCGAAUGCUGCGACACAAUGAGGCGGCUGCCAGUGCUCCCACCAGGGCAGACAGGCCAGAUCUGAAGGUUGGUUUUGCAAAUGCGACGUCACUCAAUCAAGCAGCCUUGGACUGGCUCGGCUCAUGUGGCUGUGCCGCGGUAGGUGUCCAGGAAACACAUCUGGAUGAUGAACAACUGCAUGCCAGGUUCCUUCACGAGGGAGCCGGUUUCGAGGCUAUUGGGUUGCGUGCAGGGGGCCUAGAUUACACGCUAAUCGUGCUGUAUUUGAAAGACACAGAGGGGCCCACCGGACCCAGAAAUGCUGAGAUCCUCGCAAACCUCGUGUGGUAUGUGAGAUCGCUGUCUGAGCCCUGGGUUGUGGGUGGUGACUUCAACUGUAGCCCGGAAGACCUCCUUGAACAUAGCAUGGUCCAGGUCAUGAGAGGCAGACUGGUUGCAACAGGCGAGAUCACAUGCAUGCAAGGAGUCGGUGCUGAGCUUGACUAUGUUAUAGUUAGCCGGGCUUUGGAAGCCUAUGUUAGUUUGGAGGUUGAGUGGUGUGUACCGUGGCGCCCGCAUGGAGCACUGCUCCUGACCAUCAAGCAAGCAGGACUCGUGGACCCGCAGUGGCGACUGCAACAAUUCCCAAAGCUCACAGGUGAUGCUUCGAGCAAAGCAUGGCCGACGGUGGAAGUUUCUAGUGCUGAGCUCAUGAACCAUAUUGGUGACGAUCCUGUCUCUGUUAGCCUGGCAAAGUGGGCAAAGGCCAUGGAAUCUUGCAGGGGGUCCGAGCUCGGCAGAGGCCAGCGUGUCCGAGCUAUUUGGGGCAGAUUGUCGGACACUAGAGAGAUGAAGCAAAGCCAGAACACUGCGGCAGGUUGGUGGGGCCGCAUGCGCAAAGGCAUCACUAGAUUGCAGGCGGGAUUGAGAGGCGAUUUGUGGCAGAGUACCCGUGGCAAUGCACAGGACGCGGAUGCCUUUCUUACCACGGGGGAUUGGAGUUCGGAGGCCAAGCACUUUUGCGCGCAAGUUUGCGAUGCAUUUCAUGCAAAACAGGCCCAAGGGCUGCAGCAGCUUGCCAUCCAAGCACAGGUGCGUGAGGCUGAGGCGCAAAGAACUCAGAGCAGCAACAGUUUGCGAGACUUUCGUUCGUGGUUGAAGGCUGGAUCGAUAAAAGGCAUGUGGCCUCUCUUCAGAGCUUUGUCAAAAGCUGAGUGUGUGCACAGCCGUCCUUUCGUCGACCAGCCGGUUGCUGAGAGAGCAAAACUUAGGAGGAACCAGUGGCUCGAAAUCUGGGGCGAAGUCGAAGUUUGUCAAUGCCUGACUGAGACUCUGGAUUAUAAGGCUAGGAGUUGCCAGCUUCAACCCAUCACAGGCUCGCAGAUCUCAUCAGUGAUCCAUAAAGUUGCUGAUAAAGCCGGAGGCUUAGAUGGCCUAACAUACGCGGCCAUGCGCAGCUUGCCCAGCCAGGCUCACGAUUCACUUGCCGCGGUGUUGAACCAAGCAGAAACCUUAGUUCAAGCCCCACUGCAUUGGACGCAAAAUCAGGUUUGCAUGAUCCCCAAGAAAGAGCACAUUGAAAGGCCAAUUACAUUGACAUCAGUGACGUAUCGCAUUUGGCGCUUCACGAGGCGAGGGGAAGUGCAAAGGUGGAUGGAGGCUACCAAGCUAAACACGCAGAGGGACCGUGCAACUCCGGGCAACACCUGCUUGCAGGUCUUGGAGCAAAGACUUUUGGAUGCCAACUUCCCGCCAAUUGUGGCGGCCCUAACACUUCAAACCUACAAGGGAGCCCGACACAUUGUCAGUGAGGACAUCAUGAGUGAGUCCAUCACUCCGCAGCGGGGGAUCCUGGCAGGCUGCCCUUUUGCCACUGUCACGGCCCGGGUAUUCCUCAAGCCCAUCCUGCAGCAAGCAAGCUCUAGCCCAGGGCUCAAAGGCUUAGAUACUUGGGUCGAUGAUAUUGGCACUGACUAUGAAAGUUCCUCGCCCAUUCUUGUUGCCCAACAAGCGCUUUCCGGUUUUCGACAGCUGGCCACCCUUUUGGAGCAAAGUGGUCUUAAACUCUCUGGGGAAAAGACUGGUUUCCUAGCGAGUACCAAGGAGGCCAGAAAAGCAUUGGAGCAGAUCACAACCGACGGAGAUCCCAAAAUUUUUCAAAGCAUGCGAGAUUUGGGAGUUGAUUGUGGUUUAGGUAGGUUCAGGAAGUAUCAGCUCUUCCUUGAUGUGGGGCCACCAAGCACAGGGUAUGCCGCCCCA